UGCCCUGCUCCUGAACCAUAUCCAUCCACUAGACUCGGGUCUGCUUUAUUUCCAGUUGUGUCCAAAUACUACCCAUGUCCCAGGGCAUGUUGUUUUCCCUGCCAUGACCAGCAUGACCGACCCCUGCUUGGCCCAUGAACCUGACUGUCAUCAUAGAUCUGUAUCGGUCAGACUGCCCGCUCUCCUACACCGCAGUUGGCCUCUGACACCAUGGCACCAAUGGUCUAGCAUCCUCAGUCCUCUUUCUCCUCACAAAGGACAGAAGGUUGCCAAUGUGUCCAUGGGUGGUCAUACCCAAGGAUUUGACAUGAAGCAAGACCACAGAUGAAGAUCCUGAUGAGAUUCCACUGACGAACCACUGCUGCUUUUGUCUCAUCUCAAAGUCUGUGUGAUGGUUCUAUGGAGUAGGUGAGGGAGCUUGUGUAAGAUCUGUAUGAGGAUGUUGCAUGUGAAAAUGCAUAGGAGAGGGGCUGUGCAUGAUCAUAUACUGUCAUGCUGGCCAACCCAGUGUAUGGAAGCAUGGGGGCCAGGUGUCAGCUUCCCCUCCGCAGGGAGAUAUCAUACCACAGGAUUCCAACGUCACCGGCAGUGGUCAAAGACCUGCAGAAGGACUGUGCGGUCAUAUACUGCUUAUUCUCCACCAAAAAAUCCCCUAUCUCAUCCCACUCUCCCCAUUCCUAACAGGCACAACCUACCACCACCAUCACCCCCCCCCCCUUUCUCAUUCUGUUUCUGUUCUCGACUUUGGAAUCCACUGUUGCCAUGGCGAUGGAAUGGAGCACGCUCUUGCUGUCGCUUGCUCUCCCUUUUCUUCCUUUUUCAUAUAUGUCUCCUGUCUUUCCACGACUGUGUGGAAGAGAGACGUAACUAUAACAGGACCGGUUCUCCUGUCAGUCUCACAGACGGAUGACACCAUGAGGACCAAAGCAAGGACUCCUGCCAUGAACAUAUACUGAGGACAGAGGGAGGAAGGAAAUCAACACAAAUAUCCCUCCCACCUAUAGGCAAAGAAUAGGGAGUCAAACAGAAGAGAGGAGAGAGAGAGAGAGAGAGAGAGAGAGAGAGAGAGAGAGACGGAGGACAGUCGAUGGAUACAGCCUGGACAGAGAGACUCUUCAGUUAAAGGACUAAGGACUCUUGAGACAUGGAGGGUCCAGGAAGACACUUGCCUCCAGCCAUGGUGUGGUGUGAGCGGGGUAUCCAGGUGCUCCUCACUACCGUGGGAGCCUUUGCGGCCUUUACCCUGAUGGCGGUGGCCAUCGGCACAGACUACUGGCUCUACGCCCGGGCUUUCAUCUGCAACAGCACAGCCAACUCCUCCAAUCAGGACGACCCCCACAACAAGGACAAGAAGGACCCGGGAGCCCUAACCCACUCCGGACUGUGGAGGAUCUGCUGUCUAGAGGGGUUGAAAAGAGGGGUGUGCUCCCAGAUCAAUCACUUUCCAGAGGAUGCUGAUUACGACCAGGAUGCUGCAGAGUACCUCUUACGUGUAGUGCGUGCCUCCAGCAUCUUCCCCAUCCUGAGUGCCAUCUUGCUGCUGCUGGGCGGCGUGUGCGUGGCCUCCAGCCGCUUCUACAAGACUAAGAGGCACAUCAUCCUGGGAGCCGGCAUCCUGUUUGUGGUGGCAGGCCUGAGCAACAUCAUCGGGGUGAUUGUGUACAUCUCGGCGGCCCUAAGCGACAUCUCGCCAAAGAAGGACGAGGACAAGAAGUGGCACUACUCGUACGGCUGGUCCUUCUACUUCGGCGGCCUGUCCUUCAUCAUGGCUGAGGUGGUGGGCGUGCUGGCGGUGAACAUCUACAUCGAGCGCAACAAAGAGCUGCGCUGCCGCUCGCGCACCGACCUGCUGCGCACCACCACCUCUGCCAUGCUGCGCCUGCCAGGUUACCGCUUCCGGCGCCGCUCGCGUUCCAGCUCCCGCUCCACCGACCCCACCGCCCACUCCCGAGACCCCUCCCCCGGCCCAGCCUCCAAAAACUUCGGCCCGCCCCUGGCCGCGGGGCCGCCUCCAUUCUCCGUGGCGACGCUGCCAAACCCGCACACGCAGCACAGCGGCGGCGGCGGAGGUGGCGUGGGUGACUUCUCCAUGUACACGCUGUCGCGCGAGAAGCCACCCAUGUACGGCACGGUGGACCGCUCCUCGCUCUACCAGCUGCACAACUACUUCCCCACCAAGGAGGGUGCCGGCGCCGCCGCCAGCGUGAUGAUGGGCGGCACGCUGCCCUCGCUUUCCAAGUCCAACCUGGCCGCAUCGCUGCAGAGUGGCACCGCCACACUCAACACACUGUCUUCCUCCGGCGGGGGCCAGCAGCCGCCCUCCUCCACUGCCACCAUGGAGCGCGACCGUGGCCACGGCACACUGGACCGCGACCGCGACCGUGGCCACGGCACACUGGACCGCGACCGCGACCGCGGCCACGGCACACUGGACCGCCUGGACCGCAAGGGGGACAGUUCCAACUCCAACACGCUCAACAGGAGGACCACGCCCGUGUGACCGCACCCAUAAACAAGGGAAAGGGGGGGGGAGAAGAAAGGGUUGGGGAAAGUCGGAAAAAGAGGAAAAAGAGAAUAAAAAGAAGACGGGAUAGGGAAAAAAUGGAAACGGAAACGGAGGAGAGAGGAAGAGAUUUGGUUGGCUGAGAAUGAAACACCUCAGAGACUGGAUAACAGGAGGUAUGGAUAGUGGGGAGGGACAAAAGAGGAAAAUGGAGGAAUUAUAGCCAUGGCCUGACCAAUAGGAGGAGAGGGGAGAGAGGAAUGAGAGUUGCUUUUCUCUCUUAUUCACCCUCUUCUCUUCAACUCUAUUUUUCAAUACUUUCAAUUAAUCUCCAACAGGACUAGAGCAGCAUCAAUGCCAUUAUUGAAUAUUGGUUCAUUAAAAAAAUGCACAUAACGUCUGCAAUGGUGAUCUUUCAUUCCUAGUGCUUUAUCAAUAGGUUAUUCAGACCUAACUUCUUAUGUAUUAGCAAUUUGCCGUUGUUUUUAAUUGUAGAUAUAAUUACUAGGCUAUAUGUUUUUUUUGUAGGAGUGUAGUUUUCUGUUUAAGGUAUCAGCUGUGGAAACUGUGGAAACAUAGUAAGAUGUCAUUUGCUGUGAAGCAUGUGGGCAAAAUGUGAGAGAGUAUCAAGUACGUGUCUGUAAACAUUUAUUUAUAUAUUCAUUUCAUCAUAUUAUUAAAAUUAAUGAUACUACUGAGAUUUUUUUUUUUUUGAAGACACACUAUUUAGAUCAGUGUUUUCUAUUACCGUAACUGAAAAGUAACUGAAAAGUGUGCUAGCUGUUAGACUUUUAUAUGUCAUAAAUAAAUAUGUAAUUUAUUUAUUGAUGGUUGUACUGUUGAUAUGAUUACAGGUUAUUAUGACAUGACGUGAACUGUAUGUGUCGUGUGAGAAGCCGAACGCCAGGACAAAAGAACAUUCCUUUGAUUUUUGGACUCAUUUUUCAUUCUGUGGACAUUGAUGAUGGGGGAGCAAUACCAAUAACUAAACACCUCACCAGAAUCAAAAUGACAAAAGUAUCCUUCAGAAAAUAGAAUUCAUUAUAUAAACAUUAUAUCUAUAUCUAUAUAAUGUGGAAUAAUUUUUUGAAAAAUAAAAAAUGAUAUAUUCUA